GAAAAUCCAGCUCUUAAUCAUCUGACCAGAAGGAGCGCUCUACUUCAGCAACUAAACACAGUGUGACACUGGAGAUUGAUAAGCCGACACACGUGUUGAGUGGUUAAGUUCAGUUAAUCCACGCUUCUGGCCAAAGGAUGGUCUACUGAACUCGCCAAGGUAGGGAAGUGAUCUCGUGACGUACCCUACGCCCUUUCCAGUUCGGGCUCGUGCCACGCUCUAUUGCCCUUACCCCUUGUGCGGCCUCUCUUGUGUCGCCUUCCCGCGGAGUCGCGCUGCAGUCGGCUAGAAAAUUCUGUAAUGCACUACCCGUCCGAUGUAGCAGCGGUUCAGGUACUUUCGUGGGGCAGACGCGAGCGGAAGCUGAUAUUCAAUACAGCCGGUAAAAUUGAGAAUUACAAUUUCUGGAGUGCUUCUUCCGUCUCUUAAAUUAUAUUUGUGAAAAAACACGAAAGUUCAAUGUGCGUAGUCCAAUCAAGGUGCAUACAACCCACAGGUGCUUUACUUCAAGCAUGACAAAACAAGAAUCAUUUAAAACAUGCUCACGUCAAGGUUAUAGUGCUGUUCUCCAUGUGCUCUCUUAUUUUCUUCCAUGUUCGACUCGUUAAAGGCUCCCUUUCACUAACUAUGAGAACUGGUUUUGUCAGCUGGCUAAUACUGGCCAUUCUGUUGUCUUUGUGUUGGGGGGAAGCGGUCAGGACUUGUCUGGAUGACCAGUUAGAUGUUGCUUCUAAAGCUUAUCUCGCUCCCAUCGUGUUUCAGGGUGUUUUGUUAAAGGAAAGAUAUUCUUCAGAUAGUAAAGAUAUACUGUUUCGCAUCAAAAGACCAUACAAGACUGGUAAAGAUACAAUGUUUAAUAAAAAUGAUAAUGUGGUUCUAACCUUUCCUAAUGAAUACUCGUGCGACAACACCUUCAGGAUAAAAGAUCUACAGCGUAAAAGAAAAAAAUACAUAAUUUUUGCAGCACCUCAAUCACUAGCAGAGUCCAGAAUCUCUGGUCAAAAGAGAAUUGUGGCUGUCGCCAGUCCUAUAAGGAUGAAUCGCAAGUCAGGCCGUGCAGUAAGAAAAAUUCUGUGCAGAGGAUGUGCCAAACCACCGUCUUCCAGGAUUCGUUCUGCUAGUGAGACAGUCCAGAUGAAGGAACAACUGAGGCUGAGGUGUAAAGUCAAGGGGAACCCACAACCUCAAAUAGAGUGGUACAGAAAUGAAACGCUUCUCAACGAAAAUACAAGGAUUAAAAUAACAACAAAAAGGCGAAGUUCGGUGCUCACUAUCAAUCGAGCGAAACGACGAGAUAGCGGGUGGUACAGAUGUCAAGCGUCUAACGUUUUGGGUCCACCAGCUGUAAGCAAGACGAAGAUUGAAAUUGUUAGACUGAGAAAGCCUACAGUACCACUAACACCAACCACUGAGAUGACACAUUUUCAAAUCGAAGGACAACCAUGUGACGUCAAGUUUUUCUGUCUGAAUGGUGGGACGUGUACCAUGAUCGUAUCCCUGCAGGAGCGCGUGUGUGUAUGUGCCGACGGAUUUAAAGGACGGCGGUGUGAACAGAAAGAUACGAAAUAUAUGUUUGGCAUGUUCCCUCAGAUUUCGUCAGACAUUGCUGCGACUAAAAAAAUGCUAGAGUCGUACUGGGGAAAAUAGAUUAUUUGGAGAGGAAGUAUUAGCAACGCACCAUUGUUCAAUAUCUUUUUUGUGGUCAUUCAGUGUGUGUAUUUUUUAUUCUGUGUUCAAGGACACUUUUGCACAAGUCAUCAUCAAACUUCCAGCUUUGAAGUAACGAGGAAUACAACAAGAAUAGCUAGACUUGACAUGCAACAAAUUCAACGAUAUACCAGGAACAAUUUAAAACCAAUUUCUUCAAUCAAAAGUUAAAUAAGUUGCAUUUUAACAUAAACCAAUAUCACUGUGACCGAGUUAAAAAAAUCAACCUAUGAAAUAUUAGGUAACAUUUUUGAAGAUGUUUAAGUAUUGCUAGUUUCCAGAGAAUAUGAAUCAGGAAAGCUGCUGCUAUCUUUACUAAGUCGUUGCCUCUGUCUGCAGUUUGUGUAAAGCGGAUAUAUUCUAAUGCUAAACUAAGGUUGUAAGAUGUUCAAUGACAAUAUCACCACACUCUUUAUGACGACAGUCGUUAUUCAAACAAAGGCUGCUAUAUCAACCUGGCUUGAACUUGUGUGUAAGAAGCUGCGCUAAUACUCCUCUCCAAUUAGGUUAAGUGACGAAUUGAAGAAGUAUCCCAUUAUAAUGCUGCGAUGAAUAAGAAUAACGGUAGCAUUUCUAAAACUUAUCUAACGUCCUUUGUAAAUAAGUCACUCAUGGUGAAUCUCUUUAAGAUAUUAAAGGGAUCAGAGAGUUUCAUUAGGAAGGAUUCAUAUGAUCCGUCACAGGCACGUUCAGCUUGUUUGUGUACAGCAGAUCCGGGACAAUAAAUGGUUCUCAUCAUGUGGUUCUCAUCGAAACUCGUAGUGGUUGAAUAAUAUUCAAAACAACCUGUUUAAAUUAGAUUAAUAUUAAAUUAAUCACACUCAGAUGGUAGAUAUCACUACUAGUUAAUUAAAGUACUUUAAAUCAUAGCUAGUUUUCAAAUGAUGUGCUCUGAAAAGGAUUACUAGUCUUGUGUUCUCCCAAAAAGAAUAUCACUAACUGAACUAUAACUGUUAUUUGUUGGUAAUAGGUAUUAGUGACUUAGAUUAAAGUCGUUCACACUUGCUAUAAUUACAACAAGCAGUUAGGGCUGAAAGAAGAAAACUGCUUAAACUAGUUAGAUCUAUAUGAAUUGUUUAAAAGUUCAAAAAUGAGUUAAUACUAUUAGUGAAAUUCAAGUAAUUUGUAACUCAUAUAUAUAUAUGUGUAUAAACUAUAUUUUUCCCAAAAGAUCAAAGUAAGUGAUAAAAGUGA